AUGGAUCCUUACGACAGCGACUCCAGUAUCGAUGAGGACUUUACCGAGACCGGUGUCCUCCUUGGAUACGCCAACGACGAAGUCAUCGAGGAUACAAUCAGUCACCUGGGCGGCUGGCCGAAAUGGCUUGAUGAAUCUACUCCUCCUCCUGGCGACUUUGCCAGCUGCAAAGUCUGCAAUCAACCUCUGAUCCUGCUUCUCGAAUUGCACGGCGACCUCCCCGACCACUUCCCCAAUGAUGAACGCCGACUGUACCUUUUUGGAUGCCCCAGAAAACCAUGCAAUCGCAAGCCAGGAAGCAUCCGCGCAUACCGCUCAACUCGCAAAAUCAACCUGGAAAACCCCCAAGCCCACAAACAGGAGGAAAAGAAGAAGCCCGCCGAAAAGGCCCCCGAGCCCACACCUGCUCUCGAGAAACCAAAGCAAGACCUUGGCGCCAGUCUAUUUGGAGCCACAUCUCUGACAGGUAGUGUCUCCGCGAAUACAAACCCUUUCUCCUCCAACUCUGGUGCAGCAGCAGCUGGGGCCAAUCCCUUCGCGACGCCGAAAUCCACUGCCCCCGCACCAUCACCAACCCCCACCAAGAGCGAAACCAACGCGCUGGCCGAUUCCUUCGCUGACAAGGUCCGUCUCUCAUCCCCAGAAGACGAGUCCAGCAUUGCGUCCACAAACCCCGCCGUAGCAACCAAACAAACGCCCGAGUCUGCAGACUCCCAGGAACCCUGGCCCACUCAGUCCGCCUUCCCAGCCCCGUACCAGAACUUCUUCCUGGAUGCGGAGUAUGAGACUCUCUCGCGGCCUUCGACACCAACAGUCCCGGACAAUGUGCAGAUGGAGCCCAUGGACGAAGACGGAGGUGCCUCUGGUCUGGGCGAUCUGAAGGAUACAUUUGAAUCAGAGCUCGACAAGGCCUUCAUGAAAUUCUCCACCCGCCUCGCGCAUAACCCCGAGCAAAUCCUCCGCUACGAAUACCGCGGUGCACCGCUACUGUAUAACUACGCAGAUCAGGUGGGCAAGCGCUUACAUCCCGAUCCUACCGUGGGUAAAGUGACCACCACAGCUAGAGGUAGUAUCCCGCAUUGCGAGUACUGUGGUAGUGAGCGGGUGUUUGAGCUUCAGCUUACGCCGCAUGCGAUUAGCGUGCUUGAGGAUGGACGUGAGGGUGUUGGACUGGGUAAAGAUGAUUCUGGAAUGGAGUGGGGCACUAUCAUCCUGGGUGUUUGUGCAAAGGACUGCGCGCCGCAGAAGAUUGGCGUUGUCGGUUGGAGAGAGGAGUGGGCUGGUGUGCAGUGGGAGGAGAUGAAAUAG